UUCUUUACGGAUCCAAAGGUAGGGUUUGUUCUCGCAGCCUCAAACCUUCCCUUCGCCUGCUCACACCCCUAACUAUGGCCGUCGGCAAGAACAAGCGAAUUUCCAAGGGAAAGAAGGGAGGCAAGAAGAAAGCAGCUGACCCUUUUUCCAAGAAGGAUUGGUAUGAUAUCAAAGCUCCAUCACUGUUCAGCACCAGAAAUGUUGGCAAAACUCUUGUUACCCGUACUCAGGGUACUAAGAUUGCUUCAGAAGGACUGAAACAUCGUGUCUUUGAGAUAUCCUUAGCUGACCUCCAAAAUGAUGAGGAUCAUGCCUACAGAAAGAUCCGUCUGAGAGCUGAGGAUGUCCAAGGGAAGAAUGUGUUGACCAAUUUCUGGGGUAUGGACUUCACCACGGAUAAACUGAGGUCUCUUGUCAGGAAAUGGCAGUCUUUGAUCGAGGCACACGUUGAUGUGAAGACAACCGACAGUUACACAUUGAGAAUGUUCUGCAUUGGCUUUACAAAGAAGCGUGCCAACCAGGUGAAGAGGACCUGCUAUGCACAAUCUAGCCAAAUCCGACAGAUUCGUCGUAAGAUGAGGGAGAUCAUGGUCAGCCAGGCCCAAUCUUGUGAUCUGAAGGAGUUGGUCCAGAAGUUCAUUCCUGAAUCAAUUGGCAGAGAGAUUGAGAAGGCAACAUCUAGCAUUUACCCGUUGCAGAACGUUUUCAUCCGCAAAGUUAAGAUUUUGAAGGCUCCCAAGUUCGACCUAGGCAAAUUGAUGGAGGUUCAUGGAGAUUACUCCGAAGAUGUUGGUGUGAAAAUGGAGAGGCCUGCAGACGAGCCGAUUGCUGAAGAAACAGAAGUUAUUGGUGCCUGAAGAGAGUUGUUUUUUCCCCCCACCUUUUUCUAUAAUAUCUUGAAGUUGAAACAAAUGCAUAUGAUGGUUUUGUGAUAGAGAUUAGAGUUGAUAUUUUGGUCUGAAGUUGGAUAUGCAAUUUUUGUAGUUGAGUACUUGAUUAUGAUAAUGGUUUCAAAUUAUGCAAAACUGGUUGUUUAUCCUGC